CUGUCCGUUCAGACAGAAUGCGACACGUACUUGACAGUCUCCUCAUCAUGGGGUUGUCUCCUGGGUGGACACGGAGCCUCGUCCUCUACUGCGGCUAUGUGCUGGUGUGUGUGUCUGCGUUCAACGUGGAGUCUGAGGCCUGGAGGAGGAUGAGUGCAGCGGGGCCGUCGUUUGGGUACCGCGUCAUUCAGGAGGACAGCUCAAGUCUGCUUGUGAGUGCCCCUCUAGAGCAGUAUGAGGUGGACAGAAGGGGCCGAAUAUACCAAUGCCGGAUCGGAGACAACUCAUGCAGCCCUCUACCCAUAAGCAUUCCCAGGGACGCCACCAACAUGUCACUGGGGCUGUCGAUGUCGAAGAGUGACAUUGGCUCAGACACGCUGGCCUGUGGUCCCACCAUCACUAAAGAGUGUGACAGCAUCAACAUGUACGGUGGCAUGUGUUUGGGGGUCCGUGGCCGCAGCACACCUUUGCCCUCCGCUCUUGAAGAAUGCCAGGUGACGGAUACAGACAUAGCCUUCCUGCUGGAUGGAUCGGGCAGCGUGUACCCGUACGACUUCACGACCAUGAAGACCUUUGUAGUGAACCUGAUCCAGACACUGCAGAAGAAGACCAAUAACAUUCAGUUUGCCGUGUCCCAGUACUCUAGUGGCUGCGAUAUCCACAUGAACUUCAACGAGUUCAGCAGAGCGUACAACUGGGCGAGCAGCGUCAGGAACAUACGGCAGCAGCAGGAGGGAACCAUGACUGCAGCGGCCAUCAGCAAACUAGUGGGACAGCUGUUUGUGAGCUCUGCAGGAGCGCGUCCCAACGCCAACAAGAUCCUAAUUGUCAUCACAGACGGCGAGUCACAGGAUGGCUCCAACCUCCCGAGUGCCAUCGCCCGCGCCGAUGCCAAGAAGAUUAUACGCUACGCCAUCGGGGUGGGCAAUGCAUUUGAUUCAUAUCGCGCACGGCAAGAGCUGGAUAAGAUAGCGUCGUCACCGGCAAAAGAUUACGUCUUCAAAGUGAGCAACUUCGGAGCCCUGAGCAAGAUCCUCAGUACACUGGAAGAGAACAUCAUCGCCAUAGAAGGGUCUAAGACGCAGGGUGAUGCCACCAAGCUGGAGUUUAGCCAGAGUGGAUUCAGUGCCGUAUCCGUCACCAUGCCCAGCAGCACCUCCUACCUGGGCGUGGUCGGAGCGUAUGAUUGGGCGGGAGGACUGCAGCCUUUCAUUGGAUCCCUCAACACCCAGUUCAUCAGGGGCCCGGCUUCAGACAGCUACCUCGGCUACUCUAUGGACGUCGCGUAUCGGGACAACAGGAACUACGUCAUCGUGGGGGCUCCGCGCUACCAGCACAAAGGGCAGGUCAUGGUCAUCAACGGGGACAUCAAGCAGAAACUACAGCAGGCCCAGGCCCAGAUUGGUUCCUACUUCGGGGCGGAGGUGUGUGCGGUGGACCUGGACGGCGACAAGGUUUCGGAUCUGAUCCUGGUGGCGGCGCCCAUGUACACAGAUGACGAGCACGAGGGGAGAGUCUACGUCUACCAGUUCAAGACAGAGACGUUCUACAGUGUGGUGCAGGACUCGGGUGUGGUUCUGAUGGGGGCGAGGGACCAGAGGGGCCGGUUCGGGUCGGCGCUGGCCAGCCUGGCGGACCUCAACGCGGACGGGUAUCGAGACGUGGCCGUGGGGGCGCCCCUGGAGGACCUGGGGCAGGGGAGCGUAUACAUCUUCAAUGGCAGGAGAGGAGGCAUCAACCCCGAAUACUCACAGAGGGUGCCUGGGUCCUCGGUGGCGUCUGGGCUGCAGUUCUUUGGGCUGGCAGUGGCCUCGUCAGCGCUGGACCAGAGCGGAGACAAGCUCCCUGACAUCGCCAUCGGCUCCAAGGGACACGUGCUGGUACUCAGGUCCCGCCCCAUAAUCUCCAUAGAUACGGCGAUAACCUUUGACCCCCUGAAGAUCCCCACCAGCAUCUCCGACUGCUCCACUCCGCAAGCCGUCCGCGCCAAGCUCUGCUUCACCAUGAGGAAGAAGACCAAGAGAUAUGAUUCCAGUGUGCGAGCACUGCUGAGGUACAACUUGACUCUGGAUGCGGCCAGAGAGCAGUCGCGAGCGUUCUUCCUCGACGCCGCACAGAAGAAGCCGGUGACAAGCGGAGAGGCCAGGCUAGAACAGAGGCAGGCCUGUCAUUACGCAGAAACCUUCUACGUAGAGUGUUCCCCAGAGGACAUCCUGAGUCCGCUGAUCAUCAACUUGGCCUUCUCCUUUGAUGGCCUCCCCGACCCCCAGGCUGCCAACCUCAAGCCCAUCCUCUCUCCCCUCUCACCCACCACCGCCUCCAGCCGGCUGGAGUUCGAGAUCGACUGCGGCCAAGACAAAGUCUGUGUUGACAACCUGAAGAUAAACUUCACCUUCUCAGGGUCCUCAGCCAUAGAGGUGGGCAUUGCUCAGGACGUGAACAUCACCAUCACGGUGGAGAACACAGGAGAGAACUCCUACAACGCCUACAUCACACUCAAAUACCCACAACAGCUGUCCUACCGCUCAUUCAAGAAGGACAAGGGGCGUGUGGAGUGCAGGUCUUUGGACAGCGAGGACCCCAGUAAAGAGGGAGUCACCACCUGUGACAUCAGCAGACCUGUCUUCAAAGCAGGAGAGAAGGCUGUGUUUGUGGUGCAGUAUGGUGUCGACACCAAUGAGGAGUUGGGAGACGCCGUCACCUUCACAGCCCAAGCCUUCAGUGGUAACGGAGAGCAUGGCGAUGACAGAGCUGCGGUCACCCAGUCCAUCGGAGUCAAAUACAGCAUCUACGUGACCAUGAAGAGGUUUGAGGACUCCACUGGUUAUAUCAACUUCACCGCUGGGGAGAAAGAGGCAGCCAAGCCAGUACAGCAGAACAUACAGGUCCUCAAUUCCUGGAGAGCUGUUCCGUUGGUCGUGUCUGUGAAGGUUCCGAUCCGCCUGGAGAACGUGGACAUCUGGAACGAUGCGCAAAACAUGAAGAUAGAUGGAUGUAAUUCUCAUCAGGAUGUGAAGCCAGCAGAGGGAGGAGCCAUCGGCCGCCUGAAAAAAACUCUGGAGUUGGACUGUGCGGUGGCCACCUGUCGUGUCUUCACCUGUCAGCUGGCCAUGAGGGAGAACUCUCACGCCUUCCUCAACAUCACCGGGAACGUCAGCUCUGCCUGGAUCGAACAGACGGAGCUGCGGAGCGCCCAGAUCGACCUCAUCUCCCAGGCCUUCAUGGAGUACGAUGAGGAUCAAUACAUCUACUACUCCAACACCCGCCAGAAACCCAGCGUAUACAAGGUGAAGACGGAGGUGGAGGUGUAUGAGAUCCCCAACUUCACCAAGGAGAUCAUAGGGGGCACGGUGGGGGGGCUGCUGUUGCUGGCACUCAUCACCGCAGGACUCGUUAAGGCGGGCUUCUUCAAGAGCCAAUACAAGACCAUGAUGGAGGAGGCUGGAGGAGGAGAAGGAGGCGGAGAAGGAGGAGGAGAGGGAGGAGAGUGAGAACAGCCUGACGAGUAACCCCCGAGAGAGAGAGAGAGAGAGAGAG